GGACUCAUAACACCCUGGAAUCUGCCCCUGUAUUUGCUGACAUUCAAACUGGCGCCAGCGCUGGCCUACGGCAACACCGUAGUGGCCAAACCCAGCGAAAUGACCUCGGUCACCGCCUACAAACUGUGCCACUUGCUGGAAGAGGCCGGUCUGCCCCAUGGUGUGGUAAACAUGGUGUUUGGCUUUGGUCAAAAUGUGGGCGAACCCCUUAUCGAGCACCCGGACGUACCGCUUGUGUCGUUCACCGGCAGUACAGUCACCGGCCGUCAUAUUGCCGUCAAAACAGCCCCUCUAUUGAAAAAGUUGUCGCUAGAGAUGGGCGGCAAGAAUGCGGCCAUAGUUUUCGCCGACGUUAAUCUGGACACACAUUUGCCCGCAAUUAUCAGAUCGUGUUUUUUGAAUUCCGGCGAAAUAUGUCUGUCCACAAGUCGUCUAUACGUCCAGAAGAGUAUUUACAAACACUUUGUCGACAAGUUUACCGAAGAAGUCCUGAAACUUUCUAAGAUAAGAGUGGGCGACCCCUCGGAGAGCGAUACCCUAAUCGGACCGAUGGUAAGCGAAGCCCAU